CACAACCAACAUCUACUUGUUUUGUUCCUAAUCUCGAGGCAAUUCAGAAUGCCCUCAAAUAUGAUAAAAAAACCAGUCUAUUAGAAUAUGACAAAGUUUGCUCUAUAAUGGAUACCCACAAGUUCAAAGGCACUGUUAUAGCGAAGCAAUAUGGUAUUAAGGAUACUCAAGAUUCAAAAGAUCAAGCUGUGUUUCUUGGUAUUACAUCUACGAUUAUGUCAAUACUAUUAACAAAGUAUCCAGAUUUUUUAGCCUUAGACUCUACUGGUCAUCGUAACAGCUUGAACUUUCUAAACACCACCUUUAUGGUUAGAUUAGAUGAACCUCAUGGUCGAAUUAUUGCAAUAUUUGUAAGUAACAAGAAAAUGACAGCAGUUGUCGAUCUGAUAUUUGAAUUG